AUGGGAUUGCCACAGAGAUAUAGAAGAGAUAUCUCUGGAUUGCCAGUGAACCCUAAAAAAAAACUCUUAUCAAAGAGGAACUCUUUGCCCUUUGCCCGUUUCAGAGAUAUAGAUUAUUUCAGAGUUUCGCUGCGGUUGUCGGUAUGGGGAGUAGAGAGAAGGAGAACGAUCGCCGUACUUGCUCCUGAUGAAUUCUUCCAAAAAAACUUGUUAUUGAGUUAUGAUGGGAAAAAAGAUAGAUGGAGUGGAUAUGAACCAUCAGAACAUACAGCUGUCAUAGAAGAAUUUCAGAAAAUUGAAGAAGCUAAACGACAACUGAAAGCAGAGAAAUUGAACGCUGGUGAAGACUCAGAUGAAGAAAAAGAUGAGGAUAAGUAUGUUGAUGAAAUUGAUAUACCAGGUACAAAAGUGGAUAGUAAGCAAAGAAUCACAGUGCGUAAUUAUCUGAGAAUUAGAGAAGAUACAGCAAAAUAUUUGAGAAAUUUAGACCCCAAUUCUGCUUUUUACGAUCCUAAAACAAGGUCUAUGAGAGAAAAUCCUAAUCCAGGAAAGGAUGAUAUAUAUUCGGGGGAAAACUUUGUUAGAUUCACAGGAGAUACUCAAAAGCAUUAUUCUAAAGCACAGUUAUUUGCUUGGGAAGCUUACGAAAAAGGAGUUGAUGUUCAUCUGCUAGCAGAACCAACAAAAUUAGAAUUGCUUCAAAAAGAAUAUGAUAAGAAAAAAGAUCAGUUUAAAAAUCAAGUAAACAAAAGUGUAUUAGAAAAAUAUGGAGGAGAAGAACAUCUACAAGCACCACCUAAAACACUGCUAUUAGCUCAAACAGAAGAUUAUGUGGAAUACUCAAGAUCAGGAAAAGUAAUCAAAGGUCAAGAGAAAGAAGAAAUAAAGUCUAAAUAUGAAGAGGACGUAUAUAUAAAUAACCAUACAUCUGUAUGGGGUUCUUACUGGCAAGGUGGACAGUGGGGAUAUAAAUGUUGCAAAUCAUUUAUAAAGAAUUCAUAUUGCCUAGGAGAAGCUACUGUAAUAAUUCCCACACAAACUAUUGAGCAUGAAGCUAAAGAUGAGGCUGCAAAUAUUGAGUCUAGUGAUUCUUCUAGCCAGUCAUCUUCAGAAGAUGAAUCUAAGAAAAAGAAGGAAAAGAAAAAACAAAAAAAGAAGAAGCAUAAACAGUUGAAAAAGAAGAAAAAUAAGGAGAUCCUAGAAGAAGAUAAACUCAAGAAAGCAUUGAUAGCAGAGGAAGAACAUCAAGCAAAGGUCAAGGCGUUAUUGUCAAUGGAUGAAAGGAAACGUCCCUACAACAGUAUGUAUGAAGUUAAGGAACCCACUGAAGAAGAAAUGGAAGCUUACCAUCUAAAGAGAAGGAGGGAAGAAGAUCCAAUGAAUCAGUUUUUGAACUAAACAUUUAUCCUAAGAUUGUUCUUGUACAUGUAGUGUAAAUAAUAAAAUUUUGUUAAUACCACA